AUGGCUGGAAGGAAUGACGCUGCAAUGGCUGCCGCAAUGCAAGCGAUGGCACAAGCUGUGCAGAACUUGCCAAAUGCUGGUGGAGAUGCUGGAUCACGUAGCUUGGCGACUUUUCAAAGAGAGAAUCCGCCGGUGUUUAAAGGGAAGCAUGAUCCAGAUGCGGCCUUGGGAUGGUUGAAAGAGAUCGAGAGAAUCUUCCGUGUUAUGGAUUGCACUCCAGCUCAGAAGGUUCGGUAUGGUACUCACAUGCUAGCAGUCGAAGCUGAUGACUGGUGGCUAGAGACUCACGAGGGGUUGACCGUGGCAGGUGAAGUCAUUACUUGGGAUGUAUUCCGUAGGGAAUUCAUGAGAAAGUAUUAUCCGGAGGAUGUCCGUGGUAAGAAAGAAAUUGAGUUCCUUGAGCUGAAGCAAGGAAACUUGUCUGUCACUGAUUAUGCUGCAAAAUUUAUGGAGUUGUCCAAAUUUUAUCCUCAUUACACUGGUGUUGGUGCUGAAUUUUCAAAGUGCAUCAAGUUUGAGAACGAAGACAAUAAUGCUCAUUACAAGAUUGUCAGUGACCACAGGGGCAAGCAACAUCAAAAUCGUGGCAAGCCGUAUGAUGCUCCAGUGGAAAAAGGGAAACAAGGAGCUGCUCCGGCUCAGAGGACUAGUAGGGGAGGUGCUCCUGCUGGUAUAGUUUGCUUCAAAUGUGGUCAGGCUGGUCAUAAGAGUAAUGUAUGCACUGCUGAAGUAAAGAGGUGUUUUCGCUGUGGUAAGACUGGCCAUGCAAUAGCUGAUUGCAAGCACAAGGAAAUGAUUUGUUUUAAUUGUGGCGAAGAAGGGCAUAUUGGAAGUCAGUGUCAGAAGCCAAAGAAAUCUCAAACUGGAAAGGUGUUCGCAUUGACCGGAACUCAAACCUCCAGUGAGGACAGACUUAUCCGAGGUACAUGUUUCAUAAAUGGUACUCCUUUAAUUACUAUUAUUGAUACCGGUGCUACACACUGUUUUAUUUCUGCUAACUGUGCUCGAAGACUGGGUUUAAAAUUGUCCGCUUUGGAUGGUGAAUUGAUUGUUGAGACCCCAGCUAAGGGAUCAAUAACUACUUCCUUGGUGUGUUUAAAUUGUCCUUUGUCGAUCUUCGAUAAAGAUUUCUAUGUUGAUUUAGUAUGUUUGCCGUUGAGUGGGAUGGAUGUAAUUCUUGGUAUGAACUGGUUGGAGUAUAAUUAUGUUCAUAUAAAUUGUCAUCAUAAGUCGGUGAGGUUUUCCACUCCUGAAGAGGAAGGAGUUGACUUAUUACCUUUCAGAGAAUUGCGAAAAUUGAUGAAAGAGGGAGCUCAGAUGUUUUCUUUGAUGGCGACGUUGUCGGUUGAGAGUAAAGCUAAGAUAGAGGAACUGUUAGUGGUGAAAGAAUUCCCUGAAGUUUUUCCUGAUGAAAUUCCUAGUGUGCCG